UGUUUCAAGUUUCUCGAACUUCUCUCCAGAAAUUCGGCUGAGCCUUCAGUGACUUGUGCACAAGAUGACUCAGUCAGCUCUAAAUCCCGACUUCGCCCUUUCGAUGUUCCUAAUAGUUGCAGACGACUCUUCACGUUAGAAACACGGCGCUAGGCUGAAACAAACUUAUAUAUUGCGAAGUAUUUCAGAAAUAAAUGAACACGUAAGUAAAUCCGUACAAGAACCCAAACGGCGACCGGCCCACACAUCGGAUGCUAUAAAAGGGUCGCAUAAUGUUCCCAAUUUCUUUGACCAACGCCAUGUCAUCGCAGAUAUUCUCUUACAAUUUUGAUACGCCUACCUUCAGAGGCACGACCAAGGUCCACACCGGUCUUUUCAUCAACGGGAAAUUCGUUGAUCCUAUCGAAGGCGGCUCUAUCAGUAUAACCAACCCAGCUACCGGGAAAACAAUUACCUCUGUUGCUGGGGGAACGAAAAAGGACGUCGAUAUCGCAGUCAAAGCAGCCAAAGAGGCUUACAAAACCUCAUGGGGCCUCAAAUGCCCUGGGGCUCGGCGGGGAAGGCUUCUUUCCAAGCUUGCAGAUCUUAUAGAGCAACAUGCGGACGAAUUAGCUGCCUUGGAAACUCUGAAUGUCGGAAAACCGUUUACUGCAGCUAAAAACGUUGAUGUUGCUGGUACAGUCGACGUUCUGAGGUACUUUGCCGGAUGGGCAGACAAAAUUCAGGGGAAAGUGAUUGAGACUAGCGAGGACAAACUCAGUUACACUCGUCAUGAACCUUACGGUGUUGUGGGUCAAAUCGUUCCGUGGAACUUCCCAAUGUUGAUGGUAGGGUGGAAACUUGGCCCAGCCCUUGCUACAGGAAACACGGUCGUUCUGAAGCCAUCCGAAAUAACACCAUUGACCGCUCAGCGCCUUUGCGACUUCAUUAUCGAGGCUGGAUUCCCACCGGGUGUUGUCAACGUUGUCAAUGGCUACGGUCAUAUCGUUGGACAAGCGAUCAGCGAACAUCCUGAAAUCGCCAAGGUCGCUUUCACCGGCAGUACCCUGGUGGGAAGAAAGGUCCAAGAAGCAUCUGCCAAGUCGAAUUUGAAAGCUGUUACCCUUGAGCUCGGAGGGAAGAGCCCAUGUAUCGUCUUUGAUGACGCGGACGUCGAUCAAGCUGUGAAAUGGGCGGCCUCGAGUAUUUUCUUUAACGCGGGCCAAAUAUGUGCAGCCUCGUCGCGGAUCCUCCUCCAAGAAGGCAUUUAUGACACGUUUGUUGAAAAGUUCACCGCGACUGCCAAGAGUCUACAACAGGUUACGGGUGAUCCCUUCGCUGCCGAAACUCAGCACGGACCUCAAGUCUCACAGACACAAUUUGACCGUGUCAUGAGCUAUCUUCACUCCGCAAUGGAGGAUGGAGCCCAGUUCCACAUCGGUGGAGAGAAACACGAGGCUUCUGAAGAAGGGUUCUUCAUACAGCCGACCAUCUUCACUGGUGAAAACAGUAUGAAAGCGGUCAAAGAGGAGAUUUUCGGGCCCGUUGCUGCGCUUAUCAAGUUCAAGACCGAGGAAGAAGCGAUCAAAUUGGCCAACGACUCGCUUUACGGUCUGGCUGCGGCAGUCUUCUCAGAGAAUUCGAGCACCGCUAUCCGGGUGACUCACGCGUUGGAGACUGGUACUGCCUUUAUUAACUGCUACGGUGUUCCGGGACCUAGCCUACCAUUUGGAGGCUAUAAGCAGUCUGGUAUUGGCAGAGAGGGCGGCGAAUACGCACUGAACACGUAUACGCAAGUCAAGGCUGUGCACCUAAAUGUUGGGACGAAGAUAUAAGUAGGUUGAGAAGCUUCGUGUCUAUUUGGUAGAACCUUGGUCCUUCGCAUGCGCAUGUGAGGCCGAGAAAUAGAUAGCAGUUUUCCCGCAAAAGAAUCACGGAAACAUCGAUGUGCAUCUUAUCAUUCACGAGACGCGUGUGGGAAGGUACGCAGUAGGCAAUGGGUCUUCCCUUCUAUGCGGUUGGCUUUGUGUACGCCCUUCCUUUUCACAGAACCAUAGGACACCGCCUCGUUUUUCCAUCUUGAUAUCACGCAAGGCUGCGGCACGUCCCUUAUCUCAUAGGUGCAAGCGCCGGUCUCUAUUGUCAGCUGCCUCGUUGUGAUAUCUUUACGUGGAUAGUAUGGUUCUCUGGCACUUAAUUGCUCGAUCCAGACUCGUCAGCUGUGGGUGUAAGGGAUGCGAAUUUCUAUAGACUCAUGAUUGCAUCA